GUGAAGUCCCAGAUGCAGCUACCCCAAUACCCCGACCCCCGCAGAAUGGCCGACCUGUGUGGCUCAGGAGCCCGAUCCGACCACGGCUAAAUAAAGACCACAGACCAAUCGAAAUGCAGGAAUUCCUCAGUUGGCCGCGGGAAUCCCCGACGUCGCAUCCAGCAAAUGACUGAUCUCCCUCGCUCAACCUCUGAGUUUCCCCGGGAGGGAAAAAACAAGGAACACGCAGGCAAACGCAGAAAAAGCCGGAAUUUCAACCCUACGACGCACCUUGAAUCUAGCCAGAUUCCAUCAUGCUUGACAAUUGCCCACCAUUCCUUCGACAAUGAACGACCGGCCCGAUAACCUUCACGACCAUUCUUACUCGGAGUCCACCGCCAUCUCCAGACCGCAAUCUGUCGCGGUCGCCAGCAGUCGGACCUCUACCUCUCACGACCCGAACCCAGGGGGCAACCACCACAACGCCUUCGAACUCCAUCAAAUUGAGACCCAUGAGGAUGAUGAACCCUGGUCGCUUUCCUCAGCAGAGUCUCGGGUUAUCACCCGCCGGUCAAGAUCGGUCGUGGACCAACGCUCUAUACGCAGUCAGCCACCACGCAAGGGGCUCGCGGGAUGGGUGCAGAAACGAUGGGCUCGGAAUGUGGUCAUGACGGUGCCGGAGAAUAAGAAUCGCGAUCAUUUUGCUCUGGAACGCACGUUCCUCGCCUAUAUCCGAACAUCGGUCGUUCUGGCAAUGCAGGGCGUGCUUGUUGCUCAGCUGUUUCGCCUGCAGCGGGAGUCGACUGCCAACGACCGGCUCGGGUAUUAUGAAGUGGGAAUUCCUUUGUCGGUGAGCUGCCAUGCGGUCGCUAUUGCGGUGGCUGUGAUUGGCGCCUAUCGUUUCUUCAAGCAACAACAUGCCGUGGCGUUGGGAAAGAUAUAUGCAGGGGGAUGGGAGCUCAAUUGCAUUGCUGGGUUGUUUGCUGCUGUGAUUCUAGUAACCUUCGUCCUGUCCCUUGUGAUUGCGGUGGAAAUCGACAUGGAUCAUGACAAUGCGACCCUCAUGGCAUAAAAGUGGGAUCAAUUUUUCGGGAUGUUAUUAUAAUGUUUACCAGGGAUAUAGACUAAUG